AUGGCUACCCCUAGCGUUCUCACCUUUGAUGCUGAGGGUCGGGCUGUCGAUUUUGAUGUGUGGGUCAAUGAUCUGCAGCUUUUCCAGCAGAGCGAUAGGAAAGACGAUCUCUCACUGUUCGAUCUCACGUCUGGUGCCUGUCGUGCCCCUAUUGCCGAUGCUGACAGCACUGUUCGCUCCCAGUGGGCCACACGCGAUGCUGCUGCCCGUCUUGCUGUGCGUAGUCACUUGCCGUCCACUGAGCGCGCACACUUUAGUCAGUACAAGAGUGCUAAGACCUUGUACGACGCUGAAGUUGCACGCUACUCUUCCCCUGCCACUGCUGCCCUGAGCCACCUCAUGCUACCGGACCACUUCCUCUCUGUUUGCCCCACCACACUCACCGUUGACCUCCUCGAGAAGCGCCUCCUGGAAGCUGAGAAGAGUAUAGUCGCUGUAGGAGCCUCUCGUGGUGACCCUCAUACCCCCUUCUUUGAGGGGUGCUCCCCCUCCCCCCUUUUGCCCUCUGUUGCCUCUGCUACUUCCGUCGACUACGUUGGCACCGAGUCGGUCGGCGUUGCGUCUGCCCCUAGCGGGAGACGCCGCACCGGCAAGGGCAAGGGGGGCAAGGGCGCUGGAGGAGCUGGUGGUGGCGGUGGAGGUGGUGGUGGAGGCGGCGGAGGGAGUGGGGGUGGCGGUGGGAGUGGUGGCGGGGGUGGGGGCUUCGGUGGCGGCGGUGGAGGCGGAGGCGGUGGCGGCGGUGGCGGUGGGAGCGGAGGAGGCGGCGGUGGCGGCGGUGGCGGAGGUGGCGGCGGCGGCGGUGGAGCUGGCCGGGGUGGCUCUGCGCAGCGAGGCGGUUACGGUGGUGGUCAGCGCCAGCAGCAGCAGCGCACUCAUGAGACCCCACCCCCCCCCCCCCCCCCGGAGCUUCGUGAGUGGUACGCUGCGCGUCAGCGGGGUGGGGGUGCUGGUCCUUGUGCCUACGUCCUGCGUACCGGCGACCGCACUGGUGAGCCGUGCGGUGGCCCGCACACCACCCAGCGCUGCUUCGGCCGCCUGACGGACGCUUGGCGUCUCCAGUUCCCUGACGCCACUGAGAUCCCCCGCUGGGGCGAGCUGCUUAGGUCGGGGGUUGCUAUCUUUGAUAUGGAUUAUGAUGCUAUUCUUGCUGCCAUGUAUGUUGUGUCUACUAGUGAUGAGGGUGACUGUUACCUGUGUGUUCCACGUGACCCGAACAUUGAGGCUGCUGCUCUAGGUGCUAGUGAGGCUGCUGUGCUAGGUGCUAGUGCGUCUGCUGCCCCAGGUGCUGGUGAGUCUGCUCUCUCAGUCAUGGCUACCCCCAGUGUUCUUACCCUUGAUAUUGAGGGUCGUGCUGUUGACUUUGAGGUCUGGGUCGAUGACCUCCAGCUGUUCCUCCAGUGCGAUAGGGCAGACGGCCUCUCCCUGUUCGACCUCACCUCUGGUGCCUCCCCUGCCCCGCCUGCUACUGCUGACAGCACUGUUCGCUCAGAGUGGGCGACACGUGAUGCUGCUGCCCGUCUUGCUGUGCGUCGCCACUUACCGACCACUGAGCAUGCGCACUUUAGCCAGUACAAGAGUGCUCAGACCUUGAACCACUUCCUCUCUGUUUGCCCCACCACACUCACCUUUGACCUCCUCGAGGAGCGCCUCCUAGCAGUAGAGAAGAGCAUAGUCGCUGUAGGAGCCUCUCGUGGUGACCCUCGCACCCCCGUCUUUGAGGGGUGUUCCCCCUCCCCCCUCUUGCCCUCUGUUGCUUCUGCUGCUGCUGCCGACCUCGUUGGUUUCUACGGGGUCAGCGCUGCGUCUGCCCCUAGCGGGAGACGCCGCACCGGCAAGGGCAAGGGGGGCAAGGGAGCUGGAGGGGCUAGCGGGGGCGGUGGAGGUGGUGGUGGAGGUAGUGGAGGGGGUGGGGGUGGUGGUGGGAGUGGUGGCGGGGGUGGCGGCGGCGGUGGCAGCAAGGGAGGUGGAGGAGGCGGCGGUGGUGGCGGAGGGAGCGGAGGCGGCGGAGGUGGCGGAGGCGGCGGAGGCGGCGGCGGCGGCGGCGGUGGAGCUGGUUGCGACUCUGGGCAGAGGAGUGGCUCCGGUGGCGGUCCGCGCCAGCAGCAGCAGCGCAGUCGUGAGGCCCUGUCCCCUCAGCAGCUUCGUGAGUGGUACGCUGCACGUCAGCGCGGUGGAGGUACUAGUCCCUGCACUUACGUCCUCCGUACCGGUGACCGCGCUGGUGAGCAGUGCGGGGGCCCGCACUCCACCCAGCGUUGCUUCGGCCGCCUGACAGACGCGUGGCGUCACCAGUUCCCUGAGGCGUCAGAGAUCCCUCGCUGGGGAGAUCUGUCUAGGGCGGGGGUUGCCAUCUUUGAUCUUGACUAUGAUGCUAUUCUUGCUGCCAUGUAUGCUGUGUCUACUAGUGAUGAGGGUGACUGUUACCUGUGUGUUCCGCCAGACCCGGGCAUUGAGGCUGCUGCUCUAGGUGCUGGUGAGGCUGCUGCUCUAGGUGCUAGUGCGUCUGCUGCCCCAGGUGCUAGUGCGUCUGCUGCCCCAGGUGCUCGUGAGUCUGCUCUCUCAGGUAAUACAUCGGCUCAGGCCUUACACACCUUCACCCUUGACUCGGGUGAUUCCCUCUCCUUCUUUCGAGACCGCACCACGCUUACGCCGCUUAGUCGGCCGGUUGCAGUCUCCCUGGCGGACCCCUCUGGGGGUCCUGUCCUUGCUAGCUUCUCCACUGUCUUACCGUGCCCGGCAGCCCCCUCUGGCACCCUGUCAGGUCUCUACCUCCCCUCGUUCUCUACGAACUUGGUGAGUGGAGCAAACCUACAGGAUAGGGGGGUUGACCAGUUCACUCCUGCGAGUCAGCGGGUGACCCACUGCACGUGUGCUCGGACACGUCGACACUUGGCCACGUUCAACCGUCGGCCAGGGUCGAGCCUGUACACACUUACUACUGAGUCUCCUCCGGCUGCUGAGUCUGGCCAGGUAACUGCGUCGAGUCAGGUGUUUGCUGCAGCGUCCAGGUCUGGUCCUGAGUCUGCUCCCUGCUCGUGUCGUCUCCUGUCCCACCAGACUCUCCUUUGGCACCACCGUCUUGGUCACCCCUCCCUGCCUCGUCUCCGAGGCAUGGCCUCCCGUGUCCUUGUCUCUGGUCUCCCCUGGUAG